AUGGGAAAUACAAAAAUCAUGAUCUUGAACUUGGUGUGUUUAGCCUUCGUCAAAGCUCUGUCUCAUGAACCAGAACUUGGUUCGGCUCGUGUCGUCUUCCAGACUAGUUAUGGGGAUAUCGAAUUCGGAUUCUAUCCAACUGUUGCACCCAAGACAGUAGACCAUAUCUUCAAGCUCGUUCGUUUAGGAGGCUACAACACUAAUCAUUUCUUCAGGGUUGAUAAAGGCUUUGUUGCUCAAGUUGCAGAUGUAGCUAAUGGACGAUCAGCACCGAUGAAUGAUGAGCAAAGGAAAGAAGCUGAGAAGAAAAUUGUGGGAGAGUUUAGUCAUGUUAAGCAUGUCAGAGGUACUCUUUCCAUGGGAAGAUAUGAAGAUCCAAACAGUGCACAAUCUUCAUUUUCGAUGCUUCUUGGUGAUGCUCCUCAUCUUGAUGGUCAGUAUGCUGUGUUUGGUAAAGUUACUAAAGGAGAUGAAACAUUGAGGAAGCUAGAAGAAGUUCCCACUCGCCGUGAAGGGAUUUUUGUAAUGCCGACUGAGCGGAUCACGAUUUUGUCGACAUACUAUUACGACACUAAAAUGGAGAGCUGCGAAGAAGAGAGAUCUGUCCUGAAAAGAAGGCUUCAAGCAUCUUUUGUCGAGGUCGAAAGACAGAGAAUGAAGUGCUUCCCGUGA